AUGCCUUCCAAGCGAAAGAAACAAAAGACUGCAAGUACUACUUCACGCCCGCUGACCCAGGCCGAAAUCUGGGACGACUCGGCGCUCAUCCGCUCCUGGAACGACGCCCUCGCCGAGUACGAGUACUACCACGGCAUUCACGCACGCGGGGAAGACGUGGAGGAGAUCCUCCGGAAAGCCGAAGCGGGUGAACUUGACGAUGAUGGUGAGGACCAGCCGACAACGACAGCGACGAGCGCUGCAUGGAAGCCCAGUCAAUUUGAAGGUGGCGCUUCCGCGACUGUGGACGCCAUUGGAGUCAAUGGUCACGUUGAGGGCAAUGAGGCCGACGCCGUGACCCGAGCUGAGGAUGGAGAGGACGCUGAAGAAGGCGAGGUGGUAGAGCAGGAUGAGGAUGGCGCCGAUGUCGAUGCCGCACACGCACGUCCAGUGCCCUCCGCCGCACACCUCGACGACAGUCCUACUGUCAGUGCCACUGGUACUGCCCCGUUGAUAGGUCCAGGCUUACCACCUGGUAAUGCGGAUCCGGGUCUGAAUCUGGAUCCAGCGCCUGUUGACAAUGCACCGAAGGAAAAAGGUCCACCUCGUUCGACGUCCCAGGACCAAACGCUCGAGAACAUGAAAAUGGCGUAUUACUGGGCCGGGUACUAUUCAGGGCUGUACGACGGGCAGCGUCAGGCUCAAAGUCAGACCCAAUGA